CCUCAAAACUGUCAGGGCCAUCAAAAAUAGGAAAAGUCUGAGAAACUGUCAUAACCAAGAAGAGCCUAAGGAGAAAUGAACACUAAAAAUAAUAUGGUAUCUUGGAUGAGACCCUUGAACAGAAAAAGGACUUUAGGACAUGAAUUAAACAAUGGAUGACUGUUCUGCUGCGUCGACGUUCCUGACCGACAGCUUGGAAUUAGAGCUGGGGACAGAAUGGUGCAAACCUCCUUGCUUUUCUUGUGCUUUUGACGACAGAGGAGGAGGAAAACAUUUUUCUGGAGAGUCCUACCUUUCCAGCGGAGCCCUUAAGCGAUUAAUUUUGAAUCUUGAUCCUUUACCAACUAAUUUUGAAGAGGAUACAGUGGAAAUAUUUGGCAUUCAGUGGGUUACUGAAACAGCAUUAGUGAAUUCGUCUAGAGUGCUCUUUCAUUUAUUCAGGCAACAACUGUACAACUUGGAAACCUUAUUACAGGCCAGCUGUGAUUUUGGGAAGAUAUCAACCCUACACUGCAAAGCAGACAGUAUUAGGCAACAGUGUGUAACAUUUCUUCAUUAUAUUAAAGUUUUCAUCUUCAGGUACCUGAAAGUACGGAAUGCUGAGAGUCAUGUUCCUGUCCAUCCCUACGAGGCUUUGGAGGCUCAACUUCCCUCUGUGUUGGUUGACGAGCUUCAAGGAUUACUCUUGUAUAUUGGACAUCUAUGUGAACUUCCCAGUAUUAAUCCAGGAGUAUUUGUAAAUCAAAACCAGAUUAAGCUAUUUCCACCAUCAUGGCAUUUAUUACAUCUCCACUUAGAUAUCCAUUGGCUGGUGCUGGAAAUUCUUCACAUGCUUGGUGAAAAAUUGAAACAAGUUGUAUACAGUCAUCAGUUUGUGAACCUGGCAGGUGACAAUUUAACCAAUGUCAGCCUAUUUGAAGAACAUUGUGAAAAUCUCCUUUGUGAUUUAAUAAGCCUGUCACUCAACAGGUAUGACAAGGUUGGGCCUUCUGAAGCAUUAAUUCGUCACCAUUGCCCGUGUGCAUGCAUUAAAGAAUUGUGGGUUCUACUCAUUCAUCUUCUAGAUCACAGAAGUAAAUGGUCUCUCUCAGAAUCAUUUUGGAACUGGUUGAAUAAACUACUUAAAACACUCUUCGAAAAAUCAAGUGACCGAAGACGACCUUCUGUGCCUAUAAUCCAGCCCAGGGAUCCAUUAGGUUUUAGCUGGUGGAUUAUUACUCACGUAGCAUCAUUUUACCAGUUUGAUCGCCAUGGAGCACCAGAUGAAAGGAGACAAAUGGAAUCGAAUUGGAACUUUGCAGAAGAACUGCUGAAAAAGUCCAUCAGUGUUCAGGAUGGUAUACUAGAAGAGCAAUUACGAAUGUGUCUUCACUGUUGUUUGACACUUUGUGAUUUCUGGGAGCCAAACAUUACAAUCGUCACUGUUCUCUGGGAAUAUUAUAGUAAGAACCUGAAUAGUUCUUUCAGUAUAUCUUGGCUUCCUUUGAAAGGCCUUGUAAAUAUUGUUAAGUCAUCCUUGUCUAUGCUAGAAAUGGUGAAGACCUGCUGUUGUGAUAAACAAGAUCAUGACCUGUAUAAGUCCAACAGUAGUUACACCAUUUUCCUUUGCAUUUUGGCAAAAGUUGUUAAGAAAGCAAUGAAGAACAAUGGCCCUCAUCCUUGGAAACAAGUCAAAGGAAGAAUAUAUUCUAAAUUCCAUCAAAAAAGAAUGGAAGAACUAACUGAAGUUGGUCUGCAGAACUUUUUCAGUCUUUUUUUACUGUUAGCAGCUGUUGCAGAGAUAGAAGAUGUAGCAAGUCAUGUUUUAGGCCUUCUGAAUUUCCUCAAGCCCACCUUUAUAACGUCUUCUCUCAUUUGGAAGGGUCAGAUGGCCUUCCUCUUGAUGUAUACCCAGAAAAAUCUGGACAUUAGUGUUUUGGCUGAGAAAUUUUCAAGUGCUUUCCGGGAGAAAGCAAAGGAGUUCUUGGUAUCUAAGAAUGAUGACAUGGGACAAAGACAGACUCUCUGGACACUUCUUUCUAUCUAUAUGGAUGGUGUUCAAGAAGUGUUUGAGACUAGCCAUUGCUUGCAUCCUUCCCAUGAAAAACUGCUGAAUGAUGGAUUUAGUAUGCUUCUGCGAGGUUGUCAAGAAUCUGAACUUAGGACAGUAUUGAGCUUUCUACAGGCUGUUCUGGCCAGAAUCAGGAGUAUGCAUCAACAGUUGUGUCAGGAACUUCAAAAGGAGAAUAUGGACUUAAUUGCGCAGUCUUCAUUAUCGGCUAAAGAGCGCCACCUUGCUGCAGUUGCCAGUGCGCUGUGGAAACAUUUCUUUUCAUUUUUGAAGAGUCAGAGAAUGUCACAGAUAGUGCCUCUCUCACAACUUGCAGAUGCAGCUGCAGAUUUUACUUUGUUAGCAAUGGACAUGCCCAGCACAGCUCCAUGCGAUCUUCAGCCUCAGCCAGUUACAUCAAUGAUACAACUUUUUGGUUGGGAUGAUAUCAUCUGGCCCCAAGUUGUAGCAAGAUAUUUAAGUCAUUUCCUACAAAAUAGCAUGUUGUGUGAAGCACUUUCUCAUUCAGGCUGUGUGUCUUUUCAAGCCCUAACGGUGAGAUCUUGGAUCCGCUGCAUUUUGCAAAUGUAUGUAAAAAACCUCUCUGUGCCUGAUGAUGUGUUCGUUGAUUUAAGUCCUGAACAGGCAGUUGAAAAAGAGUACAUGGAACAGUUGGCUGAACUGACAAGGUUGCUGUUUAAACUCUCAGAAGUAAAGAAUAUUUUCUCAGAGGCACAAGUCGAAUAUUCACCCAUCCCAGAAGACCCUAGAAAAGCACUUGUUCAAUUCCUUGAGGCUGUUGGUAUAACUUAUGGGAAUCUGCAGAAACUUUCUGAUAAAUCUGCCAUGGUCACAAAGUCCUUAGAAUACCUUGGUGAAAUAUUAAAAUAUAUAAAACCUUAUUUGGGAAAAAAAGUUUCCAGUGCAGGGCUGCAACUGACUUAUAGGAUGAUGGGAAUUCUUGUGAAAUCGUGGGCACAGAUCUUUGCCACCUCUAAAGCCCAAAAAUUACUAUUCCGGAUCAUAGAUUGUUUACUGCUGCCACAUGCAGUGUUGCAGCAAGAGAAGGAGCUGCCUGCGCCUAUGUUAACUGCGAUUCAGAAGAGUCUUCCUCUGUAUCUCCAGGGCAUGUGUAUCGUGUGUUGUCAGUCUCAAAAUCCCAAUGCCUAUUUGAAUCAACUUCUAGGGAACGUUAUUGAGCAGUAUAUUGGGCGGUUUCUUCCAGCUUCACCACAUGUUUUAAGUCUUGGACAACAUCCUGUUUUGUUGGCAGUGAGAAACUCGGCCACUGUUCCACCAAUGUCAUCUCUAAAGAAAUGCAUCGUACAAGUGAUAAGGAAAUCCUACCUUGAGUGUAAAGGGUCCUUGCUCCCUCCUCGCUUAGCAUCCAUUCUGGCCUUCAUCCUCCAACUCUUCAAAGAAACUAACAUCGACAUUUCUGAGGUUGAACUUCUCCUCCCAGGCAUCUUAAAAUGCUUGCUCUUGGUCAGUGAACCUCAAGUUAAAAGGCUGGCCACAGAGAACCUGCAAUACAUGCUAAAAGCCUGCCAAGUGGGGUCAGGAGGAGAGCGUGCCGCCCAGCUGACUUCUGUGUUUAGGCAUUUUAUCCAGGAUUAUGAUACGAGAUACAGUUAUCAGAUUUACAACAUUUUAGAAACAGUAGCAGCAUUGGACCAGCAGCUUGUUGUCCACUUGAUUUCUACCCUCACUCAGUCUCUGAAGGAUUCAGAGCGGAAAUGGGGCCUUGGCAGAAAUAUAGCACAAAGGGAAGCCUAUAGCAAACUUUUAUCUCACCUAGGACAAGAUGGACAAGAUGAGAUGCAGAGACUGGAAAAUGACAAUACCUAAUAUAUUUUAUGAUUAAUCUUCUCUAUUAUACUUAUCUAAGGCCACUUUGCACCAUUUUGACUCCUACUUUUAAUUAAUUGUAUUAUCUGUUAAAAAUGCUUUCUAGGAUGUUUUCCUUACAUACGUGUAAGUAUAAAGUAUAUAAAUAAGAAAAUAAAGGUUAAUUAUGUUAUAGGAUCUUUGGAACUUGGCAAAACUGCAUUCUAUUUUGAAGAGAUUUUAAACUAAAGAAAAUCUUUCUAACUGGGAGUGUUAUCUGUGUGUGACUAUUAAGCAGGUAUGUACUGGUUGAUCCAUGGACUUUUCACUGACUUCCUGCAUUCUGAGCGAUUUGUGUUUGUUUUUUACAAGUUAUGUUUUAAUACAAUACUUUUUCAAAUUACCUGACUACCCUAUGCUGGGUUCUUUUAGAGGGGGGAUCAGAAGAUGGGACUGUGUGUUUCUUAUCCUUUUUCAUACUAUGUGUGAGGCAAGUUAGUAAAACCCUUACAAAGCACACUUAACUCUGUGAGAAAUGAGACUGAAUUGGCUAAAUGAUUUAUACACAUAAUAUAUAAAAUUUUUUUAAACUUAAGCCAACAGUGUUUAUGCUUAGGUUCCAACUGCUGCUGGAUGUUUUUCUGUACCCAUCCUUUCUUUUGGAGGUAUCAUUAAAAGACCUAUUAGGAGGAAGAUAAACAAGAGCCUUUAGGAAAGAGAAUAAAUAAUAUUCUGGAAAAUCAAUUACAAAUUACCAGAAGAGGUCUGAGAAGCCAGCUGAUUAUCUCUUUGCUCUUCAAUUAGAGCUUCUUGUAACUUAGCAUCUUUUAUGUUCACAGGGAACCAGUUUAGUUUCUUUUAGCAGAUGCUGUCUCUCAACUUGUUAACUAUCUUAUCCAGAUUUAUUUUACCACUUGGGCUCCUGUCCUUGACUCCUUUUUGUGGUUGAGCAUUAUUUAGUAAAAAUAAUGCCAGUCCUAAUGUUGGGAACCCACCUCGGUCUCAAACGCAGCACUGUUUUGUGACCUUGAGCAAGUUACUUAACUUUUCUGAGCCUCAGUUUAUUCAUAUAGAAAGAAGAAGAAACUUUUUCUGUUUCACAAUGCUCUUGUAAGAAUUAAUGGGAUGAUGUAUGUGAAAAUAUUUGGUGGCCUGUGUUCUGUGUGGAGGUGUG